AUGACAAUAAUAAUGAUGAUGAUGAUGAUCGUAAUUAGAAAUCUACCAAUAGAUCAAUCGAUAUUCUAUAUAACUGAUUUACAUUUCAAUUCAUAUAAACGACAUUUCGAACACUCUAGAGUUGUAAGAUCAGUUUCAGAUCAACAAUCAACCAUCUACAUUACAGGUUCUUCGCCAGAGGACACAAAAGAUUUCAAAAGACUAUUAAAUAAUCAAUCUAUACUAUCAGAUAAUAUGAUUAAUUAUGAUGAUAUCAAUGACGAAACAGAAAUCAAUGAAUCAAUUACAACCGUUAGAUUUUCGGAGGGAUUCAAUCAAUCUUUAGAUAAAUUGAUGAGUAUUAUUAGCUAUUCGAAUGUUACCAAACUGUUCUUUGCUUUCUCUUUCAAUCAACCUUUGAUACCAGGUUGUUUCGUUGAUUCAAAGAUCGAUUCAAUUAAUUUCGGUCGUUCAUUUAAUCAACCACUGCCACCCGAUUGUCUACCGGCAUCUCUAACAUCGCUAGUUUUAGGUGGAUCUUUCAACCAGCCACUGCAGCCAAAUUCCUUGCCAAACAGUCUGACACACCUAGAUCUUGGUGCUAAAUACAGCCAGCCGUUGCAAGUCAAUACACUGCCACCGCGUUUAAAGCAUUUGUUUUUAGGAGGUUCAUACCACCUCCCCAUUGAGAAAGGUGUAAUCCCUGCAACCGUAGAGAGCCUCAAGAAUCUUCCGAUUCAAUCGCUCGAGAAUGUACCGACCACCGUAAAGAAGAUUAGCUUCUCCAUAUCCCAUAGUAACCAUCGGUUGAAACUAAGUGACUUUCCAACGACAAUCACCAAAGUUGAUUUCAGACAUUGUUUCACACUCCAAGAGUGUGGCGCGCUGCCCGCGACCGUCAGGAAGUUGAAACUAGGUUCAUUCUCACAGCCAUUGAAAAUCGAUACGAUUCCACCGGCAGUCGAAUAUCUAGAGCUAGCCUACAAACACAGUGAACCACUCGAACCGAAUAUACUUCCAACAUCGAUCAAGACACUGAAUCUACGGUAUCAGCUCAAUCAACCGUUGGCGAAAGGAUGUAUACCGUCAUCUGUGGAAUCACUUAAACUCAACUGCAUAUAUCCUGAUCAGAUACGCCCAGGAGUGAUACCAAACAGCGUUAAACACUUGCACUUGAAAGACACUGAUGGACUUUCUGUCGGAUCUAUUCCACCCUCUGUAAAUAUAUUAAGUUUCUCGAGAUUCUCUGGGAAACUAGAAAAUGGUGUAAUACCGGAUACUGUUCAACAACUCAUUAUUCCAAUCGAUUACUUCAAUAUUUAUAAAAUCAAUGCAUUGCCGAAAGCGAUAAGAAAUAUAAGAAUUCAAGACGCACAGAUAGAGAUAUUUUAUCACGAUCUUCGAAGACUAGAGAAUGAUCGGUAUCUAAUAUUAGGAAUAAAUCAUUCCUUGGUCAAACAAAUGCUAAAUGUUAAUCCAACUAAAAGACCCUCGACAAAUGAUAUAUUUGAAAAUGAAUUUAUUAAAGAAAUUUAA